AUGACAGAAAAAGCAGCCUCAUACCAGACUGAAGAGCUAAGAAUAAGGAGAGAAAUUUUUCAGGGGGAUAGCCUAAGCUCGCGUUGGUUCUGUCUGGCCGUGAACAUUCUCAGUAAGAUCCUUAAUAGAUCUGCAUAUGGCUACUCCAUCAAUGACAUCACCAAACUCAGCCACUUAUUUUACAUGGACGAUUUGAAGCUAUAUGCCAGAGGGCGCAAACAAUUGGAGGGCGAGCUGGAGCUCGUCAGGAAAUUCAGUGAGGACAUUGGUAUGUCGUUCGGGCUGCAGAAGUGUGCCGUGAUUGAGGUCAAGCGAGGAAAAAUGGUGGAAGGAGGGAACAUCAGAAUAUCUGAUGGAAGGGAGAUAGCGGAGCUGAGUUUUGGGGAAAGAUACAAAUAUCUGGGCAUACAGCAGACUUAUGAGAUAAAACAAAGAGAAAACAAAGAAGGAGCGAAAAAUGAGCUAAUGAGAAGAGUGCGCACACAACUCUCAGCCAAAAACAAAAUUGAAGCACUUAAUAUCUGGGCCAUACCCUCCUUCACCUACACUGCAGGAGUGCUAACCUGGUCCAAAACAGAUCUACAACAAAUGGACAGAGGUAUUCGAACAACAUUGACAGAGCACGGUAUGCUUCACCCCAACUCAGCUACUGAAAGGCUAUACUUACCACGGAAACAGGGAGGCCGAGGUUUAACCAGCAUCGAACAGGCUUGCCUGCAAGAAGAAACACACCUAAGGGCAUAUUUUCGUGGAGCGCACUUACCUGUACACCGAUGGGUAGCCACGCAAAGAGAUAUCCACAUCUUGGACCGAGAGGAAGGAGCCGGGGAGCCUGAAACAGAAAAUCGGAUAGAGAGGUUAGAACUGAGCUGGCAGGCCAAAGCUCCCCACGGGAGGUUUUACGCUAGCCUACACCAGCCGGAAGUGGACCUGGCACAAUCCAAUACUUACCUCACGCUGGGAUACCUCUAUCCGCAGACAGAGGGAACACUCUUCGCUAUACAGGACCAGGUGGUGCCAACCCGUAACUAUAGCAAGUACAUAAUGAAACUUCCUGUAGAGAAUACCAAGUGCAGGUUAUGCAGCAUUGCUGAGGAAACGGUGCAGCACAUCUCCUCGGCUUGUUCGGCGAUUGCGGCCACUAAAUAUUUAGCCCGACACAAUAACAUGGGCAAGGUGGUACACCAGCUGCUGGGUCUUCAAUUCCAACUUCUUCCACAUUUCACACCACAUCACCUAUACUCACCACAAACUCUAAUGGAGAAUGAAAACUUUAAAUUAUACUGGGAUAUGACGGUCAUAACAGAUAUAGGGAUGGAACAUAAUCGACCGGAUGUAGUGGUGUGGAAUAAAAUGGAAAAGACCGUCGUAAUACUGGACUUCGCGGUGCCUCUGGAUUGCAACUUGAAAAAGUCGUAUGGAGAAAAAAUCAAUAAGUACGAGGCACUGUCCCGGCAGAUGAGAGAUAUGUGGAAGCUAAACAGGGUGGACAUAAAACCUCUAAUUAUAAGUACGAACGGAUUAGUCCACAAAAAUACGGUCAAACAUCUGCGAGAACUGAAACUACCGGAAGGCACCAUUACAUGGAUGCAAAAAGCUGUCAUCUUGGGAACGGUGAAUAUAAUAAGACAGGUUAUAUACCCCCAUUGA